AAACAUUCGUACUUGUCUUUUGUAUUUACGUUCUCCUGCAUACUCGUACCGACCACAUCAAUGUCGCCCACUUCCUCUCGUAUAAACCCUGUUGAUUCGUAACUUCUUUGCUCACGCUCCUGUGGUAUGGAAGUCGUGUUAUGCAUCGGGUAGUUACGGCUAGCAGUCUCCUCAUUGUCAGUGAGCUCAUUUAGUUCCAGAAAUUCGAGUGCUCCAAAAAAAGGCCAUGUCAUAUUCGAUACAUCGUUACACGCUCUCAGCCUCUUCCAAUGAUCACGUAAUCCCCUCCAUGUCGCUUUCAGUUCAUACAAGGUCACAUUGUGCCCUUCUUCUUUCAUUAUACUUAAAAUUCUUCUCCAUGCGUUAUCUCUUGGGCCUUGCAUUUUAUAUUCUUCAUUCCUUCGAUCCCAGAGACCUUCCUCCUUCUGCACCAACUCUAUUAGACGCCAGCGCAAAUUAUACAUAUAUUGCUUUACAGAUCCCAGCCAUACAGGCGGCGUUCCAAUAGAAGUUUCUGACAGAAGGGCUGAAAAACUGAAAGUUUCGAUCGUUUCGAGAUUCAUCUAA